CCAAAGCCUACAGACCCUUCGCACACGGUCAAGCUCGCCCUCUGCCCCAUCUCCCUUUGGCCUUAUCACCAAGCACCUUUUUCCAUACAGCCUUCCAGACUGAGGAAGACCCGGAAACUUCGGGGCCACGUGAGCCACGGCCACGGCCGCAUCGGCAAGCACCGGAAGCACCCAGGAGGCCGGGGUAAUGCUGGUGGCAUGCAUCACCACAGGAUCAACUUCGACAAAUAUCACCCAGGUUACUUUGGAAAAGUUGGUAUGAGACAUUACCACUUAAAGAGGAACCAGAGCUUCUGCCCAACUGUCAACCUUGAUAAACUGUGGACCUUAGUCAGUGAGCAGACACGAGUAAAUGCCGCCAAAAACAAGACUGGAGCUGCUCCUAUCAUUGAUGUGGUGCGAUCGGGCUACUACAAAGUUUUGGGAAAGGGGAAACUCCCAAAACAGCCUGUCAUCGUGAAGGCCAAAUUCUUCAGUAGAAGAGCAGAGGAGAAGAUCAAGGGUGUCGGGGGCGCCUGUGUUCUAGUAGCUUGAAGCCCCGUGGGGAGAGGUUCAUUAAAUGCUAACAAGUGCUUUUCUUUUCUGG